AACUCGUGUGUGGGAAGUCGUGGUGGCUUUAUUUUAUGUGACCCCCACAGGAAACAGAAGCUCUUUGUUUACCAAAAUAAACAGGGCAGAGAUACUGAGCACAAAGUGCCUUUUAUUUUUAUAAGACAAGGAUCAAAGAUGGAAGCUGUCCACAUUAAAGAGGAGGUCCCUGACAUGGAACUUGUCAACAUUAAAGAGGAGGUCCCUGAAUUUGAACUUGUCCACAUUAAAGAGGUCCCUGAAUUUGAACUUGUCCACAUUAAAGAGGAGGUCCCUGAAUUUGAACUUGUCCACAUUAAAGAGGAGGUCCCUGAAUUUGAACUUGUCCACAUUAAAGAGGAGGCCCCUGACCUGGAACUUGUCCACAUUAAAGUGGAGCACUCUGAACUAGAACCUAUCUACAUUAAAGUGGUUCUCCCUGAGCUGGAACCUGUCCACUUUGAACCAAGUGUGUCCAAGCCUGACCCUUUAGUAAUAAAAGAGUCCAAUAAGCAGAAACAAUGCAUCCCUUAUAGGAAAGCUAUCAAAAUGCACCCUUCAUAUGAACAAAAACCAAUCUCUUCCUUACCCCCUGUGACUGUAAAUCUUAACGGUCCACUGCCAGGUAAUUCCAAAUCAAUACAUAGCGGCCAUCACUGUAGCGAAUGUGGAAAGAUUUUCUGUCAGUUCUGGCAGCUUAAAUUGCAUCUGAGAGUUCACACAGGAGAGAAGCCCUAUCCGUGUACAGCAUGCGGGAAGAGUUUUAAAGAAUUAGGAACCCUUAAGAGACACCGGCGAAUUCACACAGGAGAGAAGCCGUAUCACUGUUCUGAAUGCGGAAAGUGUUUCAAUGAAUUAGGGAACCUGAACAAACACCAGCGAAUUCACACAGGAGAGAAACCAUAUCACUGUACAGAAUGCGAGAAGAGUUUUAACCGAUCUGAACACCUUAAAAAUCACAAGAAAAUUCAUACGGGAGAGAAACCCUAUUGCUGUUCUGUAUGUGGGAAAUGUUUCAAUCUGUUAGGAACCCUUAAAAAACACAAGCAAAUUCACACAGGAGAGAAGCCUUAUCACUGUUCUGAAUGUGGAAAGAGUUUCAAUGUAUUAGGGAACCUUAGGAAACACCAGCGAAUUCACACAGGAGAGAAACCGUUUCACUGUACAGACUGUGGUAAGUGUUUUAAUCGAUCAGAACACCUUAAAAAUCACCAGCGAAUUCAUACAGGAGAGAGACCUUAUCUCUGUACUGAGUGUGGGAAAAGCUUCAAUCUGCUAGGAAGCCUUAAAACACACCAGCGAAUUCACACAGGAAAGAAACCCUAUCACUGCUCUGAAUGUGGAAAGUGUUUCAAUGAAUUAGGAACCCUUAAAAGCCAUGUGCGAACUCACACGGGGGACAGACCCUAUCACUGUACCCAUUGUGAGCAGACUUUUAAUCAGCUGGGAAGCCUGAAAAAACACAAGCAGAUGCACAGACAGGAGUGAAAUCUGUUAACUGAGCCCCCAUGAGGAUGUCAUUCUUCAAGAAAGUGACUUGUUUAAGAAAGGAUCCCCAACAAACCCAAGAGAGCUGGAACUAAAGUGUUGAAUUCUCUUUAUGUAGAUUUAAAAGAAGCAUGUCCAGGAUAACCAAGAAAAACAUUCACUCCUGAAGCACUGUGCUAGAGAGUUGAGAAUGAAGCACAAGCAGGCCUAUUGCUGGGCAUCUCUCAAGCACAUCACCUCUCAUAUGAUCCUCUAUACAAUCCCGAUCCUGUCUGUUCUGGAAUCCGGUAUGAUUUGUAAGUCUAUCUGUAUGUAAUCAAUGUGAAGCUUACUGUGCAGUAUGUCACCAUGUGAUUUUUUUUUUUUUAAAUGUAUAAUCAAGUAUGUUGCAUACAUUCACAGAUGUCCCUCAGGUAUCAUAUAUAUCUGCAGUAAAACACUAAAUUACAGAGCAAUAUACCUGCACAGCACUUCUACUGUAUUAACUGCAAUAAAGUUCUUAAAGUGUUCAAAUAGUUUGCCAUUUAUACCUUUUGGUACAGUAUUAGAUUUCCCAGUAAACUAGCACACUGUAUAACCCCAAGCGUCCCGAGGUCUUGAGCCACGCCAGAUUAGACAGGUUUUACUAGAUUACAUUUGGAUGACCUCUAAUUUACUAAGGGGUCCUCCCAAAAUGAUCAUCAAUUACAGAAAACAUACACAGCGUUCUCAUUUCAAGACACCCCUAACCCUCCACCCCUCCUCCAGCCAAAAAGCUUAGAUUUGGACAUGUACUUGUACCUGGUUUGUAAAGCUGAAUUCCCAUGAUUUACCCAGCCAAACAGUGGCAGAAUGCAUUUUAAUGACAAAAAGAACACCAAUGCAAAGUGAUAGUGAAGGAGCACCAGAAACAGUGGCUUAGAAAUCAAACUCAAAUUCUUAAAUCGAGUUAUCCUCAGGCUUUUUCAGACAAGAGAACAUGUGUUUAUUUACUAUUACAGCUUUGCAAUUGGAGUAUGUAGAGUACAGGCUCAAUACUAACCAUACGUUGUGUAACUAACGAUUAAUGACACACUGUCAGUUUCACUAACUUUCACACUUUGUUUUGCUCACUGUGGAAUGGGAUUUGUACCCAUUCCUAAAAACACCUUGUAGUGCUUUGUAGAGGUCUGCCAGCUGAUAGUUCAGCAUUGUCUUGCUGCUCUCAGCAUACCAAAACUAGAAAUGCCUACUCAUCUGGACAACCUAAAAAAAGACUGUAGCAAAACACAUUGCACACAAAGCCACUAAGCUUCUGAACCAGUGCAAUGGUUUUAAUCUAAAAGGACAGAUACUUGUUUUUAUAUUUUGUAUAUCCAUCAUGUUUAUAUUACAUUUAUAACAGUGAACAUAGACAUUGGUAUGUAAUUUACAGUUGUUUUGUUAAAUUCAAUCUAUAUGACUUUCCAAUGUAAAAUAUUUGUGUUUUGUGCUCUGUGUUAAGGGCAAAUAAACUUUCCAGAAAUCCUG